CUCUCAUACUCUUAAAACAAGAGCGUGCGCAUUAGGCCUGCGGCUCGGUCGUGGCUACGGCGCCGUUAUGAGUGUCACUGUACACAUGCGCUUUGCAGGCUCUGAAAGAGCUACGGGAGUGGCGGGCGAACUGAGAGAUGGAGUCAGCAGUGGAGGAGCUGAUGCCUCGGCUCCUGCCUGUGGACGACUGUGACCUCUCGGAGGAUUUCGAUCCCACGGUGCCCCCCAGAACACCCCAGGAGUAUUUAAAGCGGGUCCAGAUUGAAGCUGCAAAAUGUCCUGAUGUUGUUGUGGCUCAGAUAGACCCCAAGAAAUUGAAAAAGAAGCAGACUGUGAAUAUUUCACUUUCAGGAUGCCAGCCUGCCCCUGAAGGAUAUUCUCCAACUCUGAAAUGGCAACAGCAACAAGUGGCUCAAUUUUCAGCCAUUCGCCAGAGUGUUAACAAGCAUAGGAAUCAUUGGAAGUCACAGCAUUUGGACAGUAAUGUAGCAAUGCCAAGAUCAGAUGAUGAAGAAGGCUGGAAAAGGUUUUGUCUAGGUGAAAAGUUAUAUUUAAACUCAUCUAUUCAAGUAUCCAGAGAUGAAAAUCAAGGAAUUGAUUAUGUACAGAUUGGUUUUCCUCCAUUGCUGACCAUUGUUAGCAGAAUGAAUCAGGCAACAGUAACCAGUGUUUUGGAAUACUUGACAAGCUGGCUUGCAGAGAAGGAAUUUACUCCAGGACUGGGCAGAUGGCUUUAUGCUUUAUUGGCCUGUCUCGAAAAACCACUGUUACCAGAUGCUCAUUCCCUAAUUCGUCAGCUGGCCAGACGAUGCUCUGAAGUGAGAGUCUUGGAGGAGAACAAGAAUGAUGAAAAAGUGUCUGCUCUGAACUUGUUAAUUUGCUUAGUUGGCAGGUAUUUUGACCAGCAUGACCUGGCUGAUGAAGCAUCCUCAUAGUCUGGAGAGUAUAACAACAUAGGAUGUCAUAGUUUCUAAGGCAGAAUGCAAGCCAGUGUUAUCAGCCACCUCCUCUGUGAAAAGCGUGACGAACAGUAGGCAUGUCCCAUCUUCCAUUGUGACUUCCCUGAGUAGGGGAGGCUGUGCAGAAAAAGAGUAACUUCAGCUGUUUUUAGCAAGAGUGUUGCUGGAAAACUCAACUUGGAAGAGGUCAACAACAGAGUGCCUAAACAUUUUCUUAUGGGCCAUUUGCUGCAGCAACCAGUUGAUGUGAGAUCUGUGUAUGAACUGACAGCUCCUCCUCAAUCAGCCUUGCUCCAUGGUGCAGCUUGAAUAUCCCAUUAAAAACCCUGUGGGACUGAAUCAAUCUAAUGUAAAGUUUUUAUAAGACUUGCUAUGUUUUUUAUAAAUAAAGUUUUUCAAAUG